UAAGGCCCUCCCCCUCCAUGGCGCCGCCCGGGCUCAUUCAUUCCGCGCCGGGCCCGCUGGACACCUGCGUGCCGCUCUCUCCAGCCGGGGCCGCCGCAGCCUCCACCGCCGCGUCUGCCGCCAGCAUGUCGGGCUCCGUCACCGAGACGCCGUCGGCUAUCCAGAUCUGCCGGAUCAUGCGGCCUGACGACGCUAAUGUGGCAGGCAACGUGCACGGCGGCACCAUCCUGAAGAUGAUUGAGGAGGCCGGGGCCAUCAUCAGCACCCGGCACUGCAACAGCCAGCGCGGGGAGCGCUGUGUGGCUGCCCUGGCCCGGGUCGAGCGCACCGACUUCCUGUCACCCAUGUGCAUCGGCGAGGUGGCUCACGUCAGUGCAGAGAUCACUUACACCUCCAAACACUCUGUGGAAGUCCAGGUCAACGUGAUGUCCGAAAACAUCCUCACAGGUGCCAAAAAGCUGACUAACAAGGCCACCCUGUGGUACGUGCCCCUGUCACUGAAGAAUGUGGACAAAGUCCUCGAGGUGCCUCCUGUGGUGUAUUCCCGGCAGGAGCAGGAGGAGGAGGGCCGGAAGCGGUACGAAGCCCAGAAACUGGAGCGCAUGGGGACCAAGUGGAGGAACGGGGACGUCGUACAGCCUGUCCUGAACCCAGAGCCCAACACUGUGAGCUACAGCCAGUCGAGCCUGAUCCACCUAGUGGGGCCCUCGGACUGCACCCUGCAUGGCUUCGUGCAUGGAGGUGUCACCAUGAAGCUCAUGGACGAGGUGGCUGGGAUCGUGGCUGCACGCCACUGCAAGACCAACAUCGUCACGGCUUCUGUGGAUGCCAUAAAUUUUCACGAUAAGAUCCGAAAAGGCUGUGUCAUUACCAUCUCGGGCCGCAUGACCUUCACGAGCAACAAGUCCAUGGAGAUCGAGGUGCUGGUGGAUGCGGACCCAGUGGUGGGCAGCUCGCAGAAACGCUACCGGGCCGCCAGUGCCUUUUUCACCUAUGUGUCGCUGAGCCAGGAGGGCAGACCACUGCCCGUGCCACAGCUUGUGCCCGAGACGGAGGACGAGAAGAAGCGCUUCGAGGAAGGCAAGGGGCGAUACCUACAGAUGAAGGCAAAGCGGCAGGGCCAGGCAGAGCCUCAGCCCUAGAUGCCCCCCUGCACCAGUGGGGCCUGAGCAACUGCGGUGACAGCCCCACAUCCUGUCACUUAGUCACCCCCUGGCCAAAUCCCCACCGCACACUUUGAGCUGGUGUUGUGUGAAGU